AUUUUAAACCCGACGACUGGUGUCCCGUUUGUUCCCUUUGUCACUCUAUUCAUUUUCACUGUCACAAAAAAUGUUUAUCGAACAUUUCCUCGAGGAUUUCGAUCGUUUUUCCAGCAGUUGGUGGCCCUACGUGAUCGCACUCUUCAUAAGUGUCAUUUCAGCCAUAAGGGUAUACGUGGGCGGUACCCAGUACCAAAACCCUCAAAGAAUCGAUGGAAAAGUGGUGAUUAUUACCGGUGGUUCCAGCGGAAUUGGCUUCGAAACGGCCAAGAAUCUCGCCCAAAGAGGGGCCAAAGUUAUUUUAGCUGUGCGGAGUAAAGAGAAGGGCCUGGAGGCCUCGGAGGCCAUAAAAAGGGCCCACAAAGAGGCCCAAGUAACAGUGAAACUCUUGGACAUCUCCGAAGUGUCCAGCAUUAAAACGUUCGCGGAAGAAAUAAAAAAAGAGCACGAAACAAUCGACGUUUUAAUCAACAACGCGGGAAUAAUCCAUCGACCCUUCAAGGAAACUUUAAUGGUGAAUUACUUGGGUCCGUUCCUGUUGACCCAUUUGCUGCUGGACCAGCUGAAUCGUGCCGAUAACGGGCGCAUAAUCAACGUGUCCGCCAUGGCCCACUACCACGCCAAACUACAAUUGGACCACUUUAAUCGAGAUGAAAGCAUUGACGAAAAAGCCGCUUUUGCUCUGACCAAGUUGGCCCUAACCAUUUUUAGCAGAUACUUGGCAACGUUGCUCAAAGAUACAAAAAUCACCUGUAACUCAAUGAGUCCUGGCCUGGUGAGGGGUACCAACCACUUGAAGAAUUUGCCCCUGCAAAAAUCCCCCUGGAGUAGAAUGUCAGUGUGGCCCUGGGUGUGGUUGUUUCUGAAAACUCCCCGGCAAGGUUGCCAGACUGCCGUGUAUUUAGCGGUAGAACCUGAUUUAAUGAACGUGUCCGGGUACUAUUUUAGUGAUUGUGAGAUCAAAGAACCCUCUGAACAAACCAAAGAUGCCCGACUGGCCUCGGAAUUGUACCAAAAAUCUUGUGAAAUACUCGAAAUUGAUUGCAAGAAAAUUCUGGCAACAGCAUUGGAACCCAAAGAUACCAACCAUACAAACGACUUUUAACAAUAAAACUAUUUAUUAUUUAA